AUGGAUGAAGACAUAAAUGCAACAUAUAUUACUCUAAGUGGGUAUGUAGAAGUUGAAAAAUACAGAUAUGUUUAUUGUGUAAUUAUGUUUACAGUAUAUAUUCUGAUAAUUUGCUGUAAUUCCACUAUUGUGUGUCUUAUUGUGAUUCACAAAAACCUCCAUGAGCCUAUGUACAUUUUCAUUGCAGCUUUGUUAAUCAACUCUGUUCUUUACAGCACUGCCAUUUACCCAAAGCUUUUGGUGGACUUUCUAUCUGAAAAACAGAUCAUAUCACAUCUACUGUGUCACUUUCAGUAUUUUAUAUUUUACACUUUAGGGGGUUCAGAGUUUUUACUGUUGGCAGCCAUGGCCUAUGACAGGUAUGUGUCUAUAUGUAAACCUCUGCAAUAUCCAACUAUCAUGACAAAAACUACUAUCAGUAUUGUGUUAGUUUUGGCUUGGCUUGUACCUGCCUCUCAGGUUGUGGGAUCAGCUAUAUUGAGCGCUAAGACAAAACUAUGUAGCUUUACUUUGAAAGGAAUUUUUUGUAACAAUUCAAUUCACAAACUUCACUGUGUGAGCUCAAGAGGGCUAUCAGUGUAUGGUGUGAUCAUUUUGCUCAAUAUUGUAUUUUUGCCUUUGCUGUACAUAGUUUUUACGUACAUAAAGAUUCUCAUAAUAUCUUAUAGAAGAUGUAGAGAAGUCAGGACAAAAGCUGCACAGACCUGUUUACCUCACCUGUUGGUUUUAAUCAAUUUUUCAUUGUUGUGUACAUAUGAUAUUAUUAUACUUAGACUGGAAUCUGAUUUUCCAAAAACUGCACGUUUAAUUAUGACUUUACAAGUAAUAAUGUAUCAUCCUCUCUUUAAUCCAAUCAUAUAUGGACUAAAAAUGAAAAAAAUCUCUGAACACCUGAAGAGGUUGUUCUGUCAAUAA